UAUUCAGUGAAAGAGACCUGGAGUAAAAAUUCCCACCUCAGCCAUGAGUGCUGCACAGAGAACCAACAUGGAGUGGUCCCCCCCAGAACUGCCGGACACCAAGCAGCAGACAGAACUGCUGGCUCUACAGAACUGCCAGCACUCCAAACCGCUCCCGUUGUCAAGGAAACGCGUUCUGUCCCCGCCCCACAGUCCCCACGGAGUUUAUAACUACAGAACACCGCCGCACUUAAGACAGAACGGCCUGGAGGAUCAUAGAAUACACCCGACAGAACAGUUCUACGUUUUAAAGGAUAUAGUCAGACCAACCGCUAUGCAGAACCAUGUUGCUAUGCAACAGCAGCCAGUUGCUAUGCAACAGCAACACAGAACCGCCACAGACUACCACCACAGUGCCUUAAACAUGCUCUACAACCAAGUACAGAACUCUGUAGAACAGCACUUCGCUAUGCACCAGAACUCCAACUCUAUAGAGUUGCCUCCCAGGCAACCACCGUUCCCCCAUGCAGACCCUCUGGUUGUCAUGACGACACAGAGUUCUGUAGAAUACACCCAGAGCAGUUCGCGGUCGAGCACGCCACUUUCCUCCAAGCCGGGAUCUCCAGAACAGCUGACGAUAGAACAAUUCCAGAACAGGAUCGUGGUGAGCCAGCUCCAGAACCCUCGGAUCGUACCACUCGCGAGCGGGGAGGUGAAGCUGGCCCUCCCCGCGGGGAGUAAAAUGGUGAUGCCCGACCUGGAGGACUUCUCGGAUUACCAGUGUGCCGUGUGCGGGGAUCACGCGUCCGGGUACCACUAUGGGGCGCUCAGCUGCGAGGGCUGCAAAGGUUUCUUCAGAAGAAGCGUAAUAAAGAAGGCCAACUACACGUGUAAAUAUGGCGGGAACUGUGAGAUGAAUGUGCGGCUGCGAAACACGUGCCAGGGAUGCCGGCUGAGGAAAUGCAGAGAUGUCGGCAUGAAGGCGGAGUGUCUCUUAACAGAAGCGCAAACAAAGUCCAAGUUUCGCUGGAAGUACCCAAAGUCAGACUGCUCCCCGUCCUCCUCACAACCGGGUUCUCCCAGCACGUCCUCCACUACUAACGGGCAGGCUAACCAGCUACUGAAGCUUAGUGCAGAACAGAAGGACUUGUGCAUGGAGGUGGUGUCUGCGUUCCAGAAUGAUGUGGGCUCAAGACCCCAAAAUCACCACGAACUGUCUUUGUGGCCUAACGAUGACGAGGUUCGGAGCAAGUCAGAGAAGGACCUUCUGGACCAGAAGCAGCAGCAUCUGCAGGAGGGGAUGACCGUCACCAUCGAGAAAAUCGUGCUCUUCUCCAAACAGCUCCGCGGCUUCAUGACCUUGAGCCAGGAGGACCAGAUUGCACUCCUCAAGGGAGGUGCGAUUGAGGUAGUGAUGCUGAAAGGAGCUGUGUACAGGGAUGACAGUCAACAGAAUGCUGAGAGGUGGAUCAACGCAGGUGUUCUUGAGACGUUUGUGCACACCUUCAUGGACUUCCUGCACAGCAUCCAGCAGCUGAAGCUGGACUGGUUCGAGUGUGCUCUGCUCACAGCUGUUGCGCUGCUGUCCCCAGGUACGAUUGGUCAGUUUGAAUACAGGUUAACCAAUCAGAGACCGGUGUCUGUUGUGGCUCCAAUCAGAGCGCUGUUUUCCGCAGACCGUCAGUACGUGCAGAACUACUCGGCCGUGGAGAAGGUGCAGGAGCCGUACCUGUUCGCCCUGGAGACGUACUGCCACGCCCGACGACCAAACGACCCCAUGUUCUUCCCUCGGCUGCUGAGUCGUCUGACGCAACUCCGGACGAUCAACUUCUACCACUCUAAGCACAUCCUCUGUUACAAGGUCCAGGACAAGACGAUGCUGCCCUUACUGCAGGAGAUCUGGGACUGGAACAAACUGGACGAAGAGUGUAAAGCCACUCCGAUGCAAGGACAACCUGUCUACACUAGGUGCAACCUUCACAGCCCUGUAGUGCAUUAGCCUCCUGUCGCAUCAUAGCCUAAAGGGGCACUGUAUACUACUAACCUAUACAUGACUUUGUGUAUGGUCCUGUAGUGCUUUAGACAUUCUGUCGCAAGAUAAUCUUAAGGGACACUGUAUACUACUAACUUACUACUAACUUGUGUAUUGGGCCUCCUGUCGCAUCAUAGUCUAAAGGGGCACUGUAUACCACUAACUUGUGUAUUAGGCCUCCUGUCGCAACAUAGGCUAAAGGGGCACUGUAUACUACUAACUUACUACUAACUUGUUUAUUGGGCCUCCUGUCACAUCAUAGCCUAAAGGGGCAUUGUAUACUACUGACCUAUACAUGUGUAUGGUCCUGUACAGGCUGUAGUGCUUUAGACUUUCUGUCGCAAGAUAAUCAAAAGAGUCACUGUAUACUUCUAACCUAAUAGUAUGUACCUGUUUAGGCCUCCUAUCGCAAGGUUUGUUGCAGCAUCUGUGCUGAGCUUACUGUGCAGUGUGGACUCUUUCAAAAUCAAAUCCUGCCCAAACGUGUAAAAAAAGUCUUGUGUGACAACUUAAACAUAGACAGAAGGCCUGGUUUCUUGGUUGAUACUUGAAUGUUUUUGGUGAUGUUAUAAAUUUCAUGUACAACAACAGUAACAAAAUAAUGUCAUAAAGAAAAUGUUUUUCUUUUUAAUUCCUUAACUGUUGUCUUCUAACCAUACAGAAAGAUGCUAUUGCACGACAAUUGUACAAGGUGCAAUGUAUGGGAAAAAGAGUUGAACAUAGUUCAGAAAGAAAUAUAGAAAUUCAAUAAAACCUAACAUCAUAAUCACAUACAUUUGUACAAAUAAUUAGUGGUGGAAUCAUCAUAAUGUUACUCCAUGUGUAGCAGGUUUAUAGUUUUGUUUUCUAAAUGAUGCAGUUCUGUAAACUAUAAUGUGAAAGUUCAUGUACUCAGUCAUUUUAGGAAAAAAAGAGAAAAAUAUAGUCACAUUUACCUCCACAUAUUGUACAGCACAGCAAGUUAUUAUUAGGUUGUUAUAAUAUAGUUUUACACAUAUCUUAUGAUACAGUUAAUAAGAUAGUGGUGCGUUGAAUAUGUACAUUUCUGUCAAUGAUUCUGAUGCAGUUUCUUUCCAUUAUAUGGAACUUCCAUAGCAAAAGAUGUGACUGUGUCUGACUGUGUGUGUGUGUGUUGUGCUGUGCUAGUACAACCUAUUUUUUCACCAUAAUAUGUACGUCCAACUUAUUCUUAGCUGAAGCUAUACUGUAUGUUACAAUACAUGUAUUUUAAGGGGAGGGGGGUAUAUAUAUAUAUACUUUUCUGUAAAGAUGGUCUGAUUGAGUAAAAUUUGUUCUCUUUUAGACAAAGAAGGGAUUUAUAAAGUAGAGUCAAGAAUUCUAGCUGGUGCAGUACGGAAGAUUCAUUCAAA